AUGGCGUCUUCUCCGCCCUACAACCACAACCACAACCAGAACUACUCCUCCGCCAUUUCCCCUCCAUACCCCUCGAAUGCGCAACUCCCUGCUCCCGUGAAGCGCAGACAAUCCGAAGUGCCCACGUCAGGCCCAGCGUCGAAGCGCCGCCAGCUUUCUACUGCCUCCACAGCCGGCUCUGCUCAUCCCCUCCGCCAAACCUCCUUCCCUCCCGAAACCCAUGGCCACACGCCUGCUUUCUCGCGCUCACCCAGCAUGGACACCAUGUCCCUCGUUUCCGGUGCUGGCGGCAAGAAGAAGAAGUCAAGGAAGUCCAGGGGCAAGGACGUCGAGACCUCCUCUGUCGCCGGCAGCCGCGCCAAGUCCGUCAUGUCCAAUACUGGCAAGAGCAAGCGGCAAGCAAGCAGAGGCGAAUCGGUAGAUGACGAGGAGGAGGAGGAAGAGGGUUGUGGGGAAGAGAUGUCACUGAACGUAGCUCUGGCCUCGAAGGAGGAGAAGGAUAGAGAGGCUGCAAAGCGAGCUCACCUGGUCGACAAGAUUCUCUCGCCAUCGCAGGCUGAGAGAUAUGCCAUUUGGAGGCAGUGUAAGCUUGCCGACGCCACGGUGCGGAGGAUUGUGAAUCAAACUCUCUCGCAGUCUGUGCCGCCGAAUGUGAUUCUCGCGGUCAAGGCGGCGGCGAAGAUGUUUUCGGGGGAGCUCAUUGAGCGGGCGAGGGCUGUCCAGUCGCAGUGGAUUGAGGCGACGGGGGACAAUCAGACAGGACUUCCGAGCCCCCCAGCUGAAGGUAGUGUGCCGCCAGAAAAGGAGAAGAGGAGAGGACCACUGCUACCGGAUCACCUACGCGAGGCUCACAGAAGGCGCCUGCUGGAAGCUGAUGGGGGGUUGGUUGGGCAGUUGGGACUUUGGCAACUGCAGCAACAUAGUGGGACCGAGCGGUUCGGGGUCAAGGUUGGGGGCAAGCGGCUCUUGAAGUAA